ACAUAUAUGUACGUACAUUCGAGUCUCCUUCACUGAUUCUUCGAAGUAUGAGCUCAAACUCCAUAGAAGCAAGACAAAAAACGCUCACGGAGUUCUAGAGAGAGAAACAUAUAUUUUCAGAGUGUAACAUUUGAGUUUUUCUAUCUCGUUUUGCUUCGUAAUAGUUAUAAUGAGUACUUGGUUGGGUUUCUCUCUCUCUGCCGACUUCAACAUUGGCGACGAUGAAGAAGAAGAAGAAGAAGAAGUAAUAAAAGAUUAUCAAAGUCGCAACGAAAAUCAAGCUACUGGAAAUGACGCUAACUUAGUAGAAGAAACUCCUUUGUCGGUUAUGCCUUCACACUACCCUUUCCCUCGCUGUGACACAACCACUGAAGAUUGUUGGAGGUAUGAGAAUCAUGAGAUGACUAGUGCUACUAAUCUGGACGAAGAAGGCCCAAAGCUUGAAGAUUUCUUAGGAUGUUGUUACUCAAAUUCUCCUCCUGAUCAUGAACAACAAAUUGCUGAAAUCAAUGUUAACAUUCCGCCCACCAUAAAUCCCUCUGAUCACGAACAACAAUUUCAGGUAAUGGUACCAAACGGUUCAUUUCAGAGCUCUAAUGAGUUUACAAACUCUACUACUGGUAGUGUCUACCAUUUGCCAUUUGAUGGAGCUACUUCAGUUUCUGGAUUUAAAUCUUGGUUACGCCAAUCUGCUGCUGCUGCACCAUUAAUUUCAUCUGCUGAAGAAAAUAGAACUAACAAUUGCCAAACACUUUCGCUUGCCGCGGCUCCGAAAAAGCGGCCGGUAGCUGUUAAGAAUGUUACCGGUUCAAGGGAACCGGUUCCGAGAAAAUCCAUUGAUACUUUCGGCCAAAGAACCUCUCAGUACCGUGGUGUCACAAGACAUCGGUGGACUGGAAGAUACGAGGCUCAUUUGUGGGAUAACAGCUGUAGAAAAGAAGGGCAAACUAGGAAAGGCAGACAAGUCUAUCUAGGUGGUUAUGAUACGGAGGAAAAGGCAGCUAGAGCAUACGAUUUAGCUGCUUUAAAAUACUGGGGUGCCACCACGCAUAUCAAUUUUCCCCUAAACACUUAUGAAAAGGAGCUGGAGGAGAUGAAAAACAUGAAUAGGCAAGAAUUUGUUGCACACUUGAGAAGGAAAAGCAGUGGGUUUUCAAGAGGAGCAUCAAUGUACAGAGGAGUAACGAGGCAUCAUCAGCAUGGGAGGUGGCAAGCCAGAAUUGGAAGAGUUGCAGGCAACAAGGACUUGUACCUUGGUACCUUCAGUACUCAAGAGGAAGCAGCUGAAGCGUAUGAUAUUGCUGCAAUCAAGUUCAGAGGAACAAGCGCUGUAACCAAUUUUGAUAGUAGUAGGUACGACGUCAAGAGGAUUUGUUCGAGCACAACUUUAAUUGCUAGUGAUCUAGCCAAGCGCUCCCCAUCAAAGGAUUCUGGCGUCAGCCCAUCUUCCUUUGAAGACUAUAAUAAUUCAUGCACAUCUUCACCUCAACCCAUUUUGGCCAUAACAAAUGGGGAGCAAUUGCAGCAGCAGCCUGCAGAUAAUUCAUUCAUGGACAUAUCAAACAGCAGGAGCUCUGGCUCUCGUUCUGCUGAAAUGAGUUGUGAUUUCGGGGUUGGAUUAGAGUAUCCCCAGUUUGAAGAUGGACGCAAAAGAAUUGAUGAUAAUACUCAGAGCUUAGGACGAAUUGGGAAUAUGGACCUAGUUCAUCCAGUUCCCAUGUUCGCAUUAUGGAACCAAUGAAAACCGAAAACUAUGUAUGAGUCUUUUGUUUGCAACUGGUGAUGAAUGAUGAUACAUUUCUAGAGAUUAGUCUAACUCCCAACUGUUUUGGAUGUUAAUUCGAUGGCAAUGAAAACAAAAGAUGAAUGCAGCUUUGGUAGUUU